AGUCCGAGGGAGGCUCCGGACGCGAGAGCCGCGGUCGCCAGCCGCCGCCGCCGCGAGAGCCAUCGCCUGGAAGCCGGGGCCGUGAGGAGCCCGGAGGAGCAGGGUGCCCUCCAGGGUGCUGACCGCCCUCCUGACUCUCUGAGGUCCUUGACUCUGCAUUGUGUGCUCCCUCUUCAGACGGAACAAGAAGGUCCCAGCGACCCCUCCUCAGGUUCUCCAGCAGACCUUGGUGGCCCAGCAUGGCCCACUGAGGUGAACCAUGACUGGCUGGCUAACACGUGCCGCUGACCAUCCAGAGUCCCGUCUCACCAGGAGGUGACCCCUCCUCCAGCUGCCCCCUACUCACCCACCCCACCCAGGAAAGUGCCCGCACUGCCACGGACACCAUGUAGUAGGGCCGGCCGCGGCGCCCAGUGAGCUGCGAUGGUUUUGUACACAACCCCCUUUCCCAAUAGCUGUCUGUCCGCCCUGCACGCCGUGUCCUGGGCCCUCAUCUUCCCAUGCUACUGGCUGGCGGACCGGCUCUUGGCCUCCUUCAUACCCACCACCUACGAGAAACGCCAGCGGGCUGACGACCCGUGCUACCUCCAGCUGCUCUGCACCGUGCUCUUCACACCCGUCUACCUAGCCCUCCUGGUUGCCUCACUGCCCUUCGCAUUCCUUGGGUUCCUCCUCUGGUCCCCCCUGCAGUCUGCCCGCCGGCCCUACGUCUACUCCCGGCUGGAGGACAAGGGCCCUACCGGCGGGGCAGCCCUGCUUAGUGAAUGGAAGGGUACUGGUCCUGGCAAAAGCUUCUGUUUUGCCACCGCCAACCUCUGCCUCCUCCCUGAUUCACUGGCCAGGUUCAACAACGUUUUCAACACCCAAGCCCGGGCCAAAGAGAUCGGGCAGAGAAUCCGCAAUGGAGCCAGCAGGCCCCAGAUCAAAAUCUACAUCGACUCACCCACCAAUACCUCCAUCAGCGCAGCCAGCUUCAGUAGCCUGGUGUCACCGCAGGGAAGUGAUGGCGUGCCCCGGGCCGUCCCUGGAAGCAUUAAGAGGACGGCCUCUGUGGAGUACAAGGGCGACGGCGGGCGUCACCCCAAUGAUGAGGCUGCCAAUGGCCUGGCCUCUGGGGACCCCGCCGCAACCGACAGUGGCAGCCUUGAGGAUGCCUGCAUCGUGCGCAUCGGUGGUGAUGAGGGGGGCAGGCCCCCCGAAGCCUUCGACCCCCCUGCUGGGGGCCAGGCCAGGAACGGGGCUGGCCGUGGCCAGACGCCCAACCACAGUCAGCAGGAUGGGGACUCGGGAAGCCUGGGCAGCCCCUCAGCCUCCAGGGAGUCCCUGGUGAAGGCACGGGCCGACGGCGGCAGUGGGGAGCCAGGCGCCAACAGCAAGCUCCCGUACAAGGCCUCGGUGGUGAAGAAGGCAGCUGCGCGCAGGAGGCGGCACCCGGAUGAAGCCUUUGACCACGAGGUCUCAGCCUUCUUCCCCGCCAACCUGGACUUCCUGUGCCUACAGGAGGUGUUUGACAAGCGGGCGGCCGCCAAGUUGAAAGACCAGCUACAUGGCUACUUCGAGUACAUCCUCUAUGAUGUCGGAGUCUACGGCUGCCACGGCUGCUGCAGCUUCAAGUAUCUCAACAGCGGCCUCUUCUUUGCCAGCCGCUACCCCAUCAUGGACGUGGCCUAUCACUGUUACCCCAACGGGCGGUUCUCCGACAGCCUGGCCUCAAAGGGAGCGCUGUAUCUCAAGGUGCAGGUGGGAAGCACACCUCAGGACCAAAGAAUUGUCGGGUACAUCUCCUGUACACACCUGCAUGCCCUGCCAGAGGACAGUGCCAUCCGGUGUGAGCAGCUGGACCUGCUUCAGGACUGGCUGGCUGAUUUCCGAAAAUCUACCUCCUCGUCCAGCGCAGCCAACCCCGAAGAGCUGGUGGCGUUUGACGUCAUCUGCGGAGAUUUUAACUUUGACAACUGCUCCUCCGAUGACAAGCUGGAGCAGCAGCACUCCCUGUUUACACGCUACAAGGACCCCUGCCGCCUGGGACCUGGGGAGGAGAAGCCGUGGGCAAUUGGUACCCUGUUGGACAAGGACGGUCUCUAUGAUGAGGAAGUUUGCACCCCUGACAAUCUGCAAAAGGUUUUGGAGAGCGAGGAAGGUCGCCGGGAGUAUCUCGCCUUCCCCACCAGCAAGAGCCCUGCAGGAGGCCAGAAGGGACGCAAGGACCUGCUGAAAGGCAACGGCAGGCGCAUCGACUACAUGCUGCACGCAGAGGAGGGGCUGUGCCCAGACUGGAAGGCUGAGGUAGAAGAAUUCAGUUUCAUCACCCAGCUGUCGGGCCUGACUGACCACCUCCCGGUGGCCAUGCGGCUGAUGGUGUCUGCGGGGGAGGAGGAGGCAUAGACUGGCCAAGUCAUCACAGCAGCGAGGUCUCCGCCAGCCCUGUGAACUGCAGUCCCUCCCUGGCUGUGUCCCCUCCAGCAAGCACCGCUGGUGCUGGGGGAGGCAGGCAGGGGCCCGGGAGAGCCACGGUCAGUCCUGGGUGAGCUGGAACCAGCGCUGCCUGGCACCUCUGGGCACUCAUGGACAGGAGUCAGGCCGGCCCAGGGAGUCCAGGCUGCUCAACCAGUGCCAUUCUUUCAAAACGUGAUUUUCUACAAAUCUACAGCACAACCUAGUUUGUAACCCAUGGGUUAGUAUGAGAACCGGGUUUCUGUACUCUUUGUAUCUCUUCUCAAGCUUCGUCCAGGGUUCAUUACUUUUGUCUGCUGCCAUGUUGUCUCGCAUGCCUGCACCCUCGCAUGCACGCUGCCCGCAUGCCACAUGCCACGCCACAGCCACAUACCCCUUGCUCAGGCCUCACCCAAGGCCAAACUCCAAACACAAUCAGAACCAGCCAAAGAAGCAUUCAUUCCUGGACACAGGGCCACUGGCUUGCUGCCUCCAGCUGGGACAGCUCACAAGCAGGGACCAUGAGGGCUGUGUCCAGUUACCAGCGAGCCCAGGCUCUUCCCCAGGGUCUUGCAUUCAAGGGCGAUUACAUUUUAAAAAGAAAAACGAAAAAGUUAAGAACAAAAACAACCCUUCACUUGAGAGGGUCUGCAAGCCACGAGGGAGAACGCUGCUCUUGGCAGGCUCCCUUUCCCCAACACAGCAGAGCCAGGAGCCUCCCUCCAAGACUCCAGUGUGGGCAAUGGAGCCAAAGACAGGAAUCUAGGGAGAGAACGUCACUUUUUUACAGGAAGAAGGGGAACUAAGGGGGGUUGGGGGCUUCUGAUUUUGAAAGUGAUGUAUUUGUAGCUUCUCUUCUGUCAAAACCAACACAUCCUCUUCUUUCUGCCUGAUCCACCUCCCCUAUAGACACCUCUCUGGUUCAGGACCAGUCCCUCUCUGGGACUGUCCCCAUCCACGUGCUUGGCUGAGCUCAGGAACCUUCCACCUGCCUCUGGGUGGGGCUGUGGCUCUCCCCAGAGAGCCCUCCCAGGCCCAUCCUCAACAGCAACCCUGGGGACCCUGGAUGAAGGUGCUGGAAGCCAAGGUGCAGGGCAGCCUGUCCCUGCACCAGUGUGCAGGCCAGGGGUGGCAAGGCCAACGGCCCCUGCUUGCCCUGGACAGGGAAUGGUACUGGUUGGCAUACAGGCACAUAGAUGUCCACUCUACCACCAUGUGACCAGGGCCAGCCCCGGGCACCUAGGCAUGAUGGUGUGGCAGACCCUGCAGGUGAAGCCCAUAGCUCCCCAUCCCACGGCAGCACUGCCUCUGCCCACCUGCCUUUUUAACACACCUGGGGAUGCCCCCCAAAGUAAGCAGUGAGGGUUUUGCCUGUUUUCAGGUACAAGGCCUCACCAAUUCCAGGGGCUGUUCUUUGCAACCCCGACUGGUCUCCCCUCCUCACAGCACCUUGACCAAUGUGCCCGCCUGGCUCAAAGCCAAUUUUUCCUGAGGCUGGGGGUGCAUCAGGACCCUGCUGCCAGGAGCCUCCUGGUGCCGGUGCCCUGAUGCUGUGCCUUGUCACCUACUGAGCUGCAAGACGGACCAAGAGGGGGCCAAACAGCCAGCCAGAGGCCAGGCCCUGUGCUGGGGCAGGACACUCCUGAGACACACCUGUGACAGCGCUGGUUUGUCUGAACCCCCUGGCCAGAGUAGCAGCUAGGCUGAGGGCUUCACUGCUUGGCACAUUUUCCUGGCUAGGCACCCAGCCUCACCCCAACUUGAGUCAGGAGGGGCUGCUCAUCGCUUAGGGUGCAGGCCUCCCUGGCCUCUCUGCUGCACCCCUCCUCCAAGGCCAUGGCUUUGGGGCCUUGGCUAGGCUUCACUGGGUCAGAGGUCCCCCCACUCCCCAGAGCAGCUAGCAAUCUGUUCACAGGUAGGGCUCAACUGAGCAGGCACCAUGCCUAUGUCUGGGCCUAAGCUGAGGCCCCAGGCUGCGGGUCAGCUGUGUAUCCAGGAGAGCAGUGGAGGCAGAGCCAGGGCUCCUGAAGCAGAGCAACCCCAGCACAGCUUCUAUCCCUCAGAGGGGCCGCCUGCCUCCCAAGGCAGCUGGGUGGGAGCCAAAGCACAGGGGCACAAGCUUCUCUCCCUACUCAUGGGGUGGCCUUAGGCAAGUCAUACCUUCCUGUGCCUCAGUCAUUUCCUGUCCUAACAAGGUUGCCUCUGCCCAGCCUGCCUGAUGUCCAGGGCAGAGUUGGCCUGCGCUCCCCCCAACCGUACUCCCCUGACACUCCCUCCGGCACGGUCUCAGCACCGAGGCUACCAUUGCCCAGCCACAUGUUCCAUCAAGCCUGUGGACUCCCAGGGUCGCGCACAAGCCAGAUUUUUCCAUUUCAAUUUUUAAAAAAAGAAAGAAAAGACACAUUGCCAGGAUCUCAGACUCUGUGGCACUGAGGCCUGGGAGGGACAGAUACGGGGUCACCUAAAUCCCCAACCAAGGCCCCACACCUGCCCCAGGCCCAGCCUCCAGAGAAGCCAGGAGGCAAGGGUCAGCUUUGGAAGAAAACAGUCAUUUCAUUUGUCCAAACCACCUUGAGUUUUAAGUAUGGAUAUUAAUCUUGAUGCUUUUUAACUGUUGUAUUAACUUGCUAAGAUUUAGAAAUACUGUUUUAAAAAAGGAAAAAAAAACACUUUUUUAAUUUGUGUAUUUUUUUUCUGUAUGGUAUCCUCAUGGGACAUUAGGGGUUUUAUAUGGUAAGCACACCUAAGAUUUUGGUAAAAACAUUAUCAAAUAUAUAUCCAGACAAUUCUUCCCUAGAAGAAAAACAAUCUUUACACAUAUUUUGAAAGGAAAGGUGUUUUUUUUUUCCUUUACUGGUGCUGAAAAGAAGGAUGGAUAAUGAGAAAAUAAAACUGU